AUAUUUUCCUUCUCUACUAGAACACUUUAGAAAUACAAGUCAACAAAGUGGAAAUAAACCCCGACACAAACACUUUAUUCAAAUGUUAAAUAAAUUUGCAAGGGAAAGAGAGGAUGUGGAAGGAAUACCAAAUAUUGAGGUUGAAUAUGUUACAAUUACUGAUGGGCGAAAAACAAAAGAAUCUGAGAAAUGUGAUGGUGACUCUAGUACUGUAGGGCUGGAAGACCAAAAAGAAGUUGAACGUCAGAUAGCUUUACAAUAUUCGGAGAAUUUUAAGGUAUCAUCCCACAAGGAAGCAAAUGAAGUUCAGCAACUGACAGAACACUUGAAUAACUUAUUAAAGGAUUACAAAUUGAAAUCCCAAGGACUCUACAGUUUGGGAUUACGUAGUUCAAAUGAUCAAUCAGGAUGCAGCAAACGCAUGGCUAUUGAAGGGGCCAAUUCCUCCUGCAUCCAUGAACAUGGAGUUACCGACAAAAUCCCAGCAAAAACAGUUUUGCAGGGGAAAAACGUAAAUGCUGAGGAAACUAUGGAACCUCUUGUCAUGAUUCCAGUCCAUCCGUUGUCCUCCAUUAAUAAAACAAAAGACCAAAAUCCUACUGGACAGAAGUCUUUUUCCCGUUCUGUUACAGAACCCAACUACAACUCAAGCUCCUCAUCCAGUAGCGUUUCUGGAAUGAGUAACAUGAAACAAAAUGCAGAGCAGCCUUCAUGUUUCUCACAUCUUUGCUCUUUUAACCCGCAUGUCAGUACACCAGUUGUUCCUUCUCAAGAGAGGCAUGCAGUGUCUUCAAUUACUGCUAAUACGAAUAUUGCUCCUGUUACUGAGGUACCUAUUACAGGACGUGUCUCUGACACACAGGAGACAUUUUCCAUCACUAGCGCAAAUAAGCCAAACCAAAGAAUUUUCUAUGACAACCUUACUGGACAGAAUUCCUAUCCCCGUCCUGUUACAGAACCCUACUACAACUCAAGCUCCACAUCCAGUAGCAUUUCUGGAAUGAGUAACAUGAAACAAAAUGCAGAGCAGCCUUCAUGUUCCUCACAUCUUUUCUCUUUUAACCCGCAUGUCAGUACGCCAGUUGUUCCAACUCAAGAGAGGCAUGCAAUAUCUUCAAUUACUGCCAAUACGAAUAUUGCGCCUGUUACGGAAGUACCUAUUACAGGACGUGUCACUGACACACAGGAGACAUCUUCCAUCAUUAACGCCAAUAAGCCACCUUUAGAAUCACCAUCGUCAAGCAAUGCAACUGGGAAAACCUCCAACACUCUUACUCCAGACAUAUUAAAGCUACUGAAAGGGAAAGAUAUUGACUCUGUUAUUACUUGCCUCAAAGCCUUAGCUCCCUUUUACCCUGCUCUUCAAGAUGUGAACAUUGAAAUUUUUGCUCAGGUGCUUGCGAAUGUUGGGGCAUUAGAGUGAUACUGAUCAGAAUGAAAUCCUGUCACACAAAAGAACAUGAAUAUGAAAAAUGUGAAUAAGCCACCCAAGUUUCUCUAGAAAGUAAAGAUUAGUAUUUUUAUGCUGCAUUAGACAUUGUAAAACUGUUGAAAGAGUUUUAUUGCUUUU